AUGAGGAUGGAACGAACCGUCUUGUUGCCAUGUAUUCUUCUAUUCGCUGGGCUUCAUGCCGCCUCUGCAAUUCGGUUCUGCAUGGCAAACUGUUCGCUGCCAUUGACAAACGAGUUCUGCUAUGUCACCGAGGACGUCUGCGCAUUCCCGACUGGAGACAUCGAUGCGAAGAUGGCCGUCAGGGCGAUGAAGCUUCAAGACAACGCGGGCAACUGCAUUGACUACUUCGGGAAGUUCAUGUGCGCAAUGUACUUCCCUCCUUGCCAGUUCCGCGUGAUCGUCCCUGUCUGCUACAACAACUGCUUGCAAGCGUACAGGAACUGCGGGGCCAGCCGAUCAACCGCAAAGGACCGAUGCGCCUCCUUGUCAGCCGUGGGGAUGGUUGCCGCCAAAGGAGACUCUUCGUGCCGGAAGAUCCUCAUAGCAGCUGCGCUCUUCCCAGAUGACAUCAUCAUUCUCUCAACCUUCUCCUUCAUGGCCUUCGUCAUUGUCGCACUCAUCCUCUUUGCCAUCUGGAAGUACAGAAACAGAGAAUGA